AUGUCGCGCCUAAGUUCAAAAAUUGCAUUAAGAUCGCAGUCGCCGCAUCGGAGUUGGCCGCGGAGCUUGCGCUCAGCAGACGCCGUCGCUUGGCGUCAGUCUAUCGCGGGACGCAAAAGCGCGCACAACACAAACAACGAACGCGCCGCGAAGCGAGACGGCGACAUACAAAUAAGUGUACAAGAGAGAAAGAGAGAGAGAGAGAGAGCAAGAGCGGGACAGGGAGAGAAAUUCAAAGUUGGCAAGGACAGCUAUAGCUAUCAGCACAAUUACGUGGACCGCGUGCGUCUUGAAGAUACGAAUGGUAAUCAUUAUAAGCAGCAGCAGCACCAGCAACCGGCGCACCACUAUCCGAAAACCACACACGAUCCGCACUGUCCACAGCUGCGAGCCGCUGGCUGGCGGCACACGCACAAAUCCGUAUCGCAUCUCGAUUUGGCCACCAGCUGCCAUGGUGCAGCUGGCGCUGGCAUAGAUCGGCAACGCAGGCAACUGCAAGUGCAACUGCAUCAUCAUCACCACCAGACGCACCACCACCCGCAGCAUCAUCCACAGCCGCCGCUGACACCACACGCACAGCCCCAUUGGACGCAGUGUCGCGUUGGGAUUGCAACGGCACCAGCUGGCGGACAGGGUCAGCUGAGAAACGCUCGCUCCUUGGACUACACGCAGCUGGAGCGUGAGGAGAACGCUUUGGACAUAGCCGAGUUCUAUUGGCGUUUCGAUGCGGAAGCGCCGCUUGAGCAGCUCGACAACUACGCGGUUAAUGAUAACUUUGAGCCAGCAGCAGCAGCUGCAGCAGCAAAAGCAACAUCAUCAACUGCCACAGCGCCAGUAGCAGCAACAGCUACAGCAGCUGGCACAACUUCGACAGCAGCAGCAGCAGUAGCGGCAGCAGUGGGCGGCACAGUUACUGCCACGUUCCUUGACUUUGGCAGCGACUCAUGCAGCUUGCGAAGAUCGCGCAGUUUGGCCGUGAUACGUGAGGAGACAUUUAGCGAUCUGCAAAUUGGCUCGGCAAACAGCAGUCGGCGACGAUCGCAGCUAAUUCCGCGUGCGCGACUAGUUAAUCACGGUUUUUUCCGCGAAUCGCCCCGACUAAACAGCAAACAGCAGCAACAAGUGCACAGUGAGCAGCCAACUGAGCCGACGGAGGACACACAGAGCACUAGUAGCGGUGUAAAAACUUGCGAUUCGCAUGAGCAGCAGCAGCAACAGUUGCAGAAGCAACAACAACAGCAGCAGCAAUUGCAAAAACAACAACACAGACAUCAUCAUUGCCCACAGCGACUUCAACGUGACUCACAUGACUUUGACGUCUACUACGAUAAUCUAAAACGCUUGGACGCCUUGGCAUUGGGCCUCAGCGAGCAAUUGCAUCCGUGGCACAACGACAAAAGUGACUUGGAGAGUUUAAACUCGGACUACUUUAAGAACUCGCUGCAUCAGAAUCACACGGAGCAACAGCAUUCCUCACUAGAGUUUGAUGCACUCGAACAGGCGGUCACCCUGCUGAGCGAAAGGCCACGAAUCUAUCAGUCGCGACGACAGCAACAGCAAAACCAUCAGCAUAGAUCACAUCAUUACUGUCAACAGCAGCAGCAGCGACACAUUGAUCUGGGCGGUGAAUCCUGUCCGGAGCACAGCCAGAGCAGCGUCUUCCCGGAGACGACGACCAGCAACUCGGACGAUCAGACGGACACACCAUCACUGUCGGAACAGGAAUACGAUCUAACACAUAUUGAGCAGAUCUUCCAGCAGAGCGACGCUGGUGAAGUUGAGGAGAGUUACGAGUUGAUCAGCUUAACAACAACAACACGGACACGUUUCGAGAGCAGCGAGGACGACGAAGAGGUGGGCGUUGAGCAAGCUGUGGAUGUUUUAGCUGGCGCCGAGGAUAGUCUGACCACGCUCACUGAGACAACAGCCAGCGAUAGUGAUGCCACUUUGAAGCGGACACACAGCGAGCAGCUAGAUAAGUUUAUUGCCUACGAUUCCGUUUAUUUAUCCUCCGAGGAUAGCUCCGAAUGCACCUUGGUUGGUGAGAGCAGCGAGUCCUUUGAGCAGCACACAUUCAACAGCUGCACGGAUAGCGGAGAGCUGGAAGCACGAAGUCUACUGCAAAUUUCCAUUGAGGACACGGUUUACGAACCACAGCCCAAGCAGCACAAAAAGGAGGAAGAGGAGCGGCAGAAGGAGAAAGAGCAGCUGCUGACCUCCGCGAAAGUAGACACACAGGUCUUUACACAGGUUCUGAAAAUCGAGCCUGCCACGUCCAGUAGCCACAUAAAUGUGGGCGUAACGUCCAGUGUAGCCAGCAAGCCGCGAAUUCUGACUGUGGUUGAGAAACGGAAACUGAGGCAGGAGGAACUGAAGCAACCUGCGCCGCCGGAACUAAAGCGACAGGCAACCGACAUCUUUGUGGAUUCAUCGUCACACAAAUCAAAUCUCACAGAGAACCAAUAUCACAGUUUGCCAGAUGUGAACAUUAGCGUUAGCCUCAAGGCGAGCGAGACCAUUGACAAGGAGCUGAGGACUUCCUAUAAUUUGCAGCGACAGCAGCAGCGCAAGGAAUCCAAGCGACAAAAAGGCGAAGUAACCCGAGCGGAGACCUACGACUCAAUAAGACGCUUUGGACGUGCCCAUCAGAAGGCCAGGCAGAAGGAAAACGAGGAGCGUGAGAAGCAGCGCGAAAAGGAAGAGGCCACUCAAGUGGUGGAAAAGGAAACUAAACAGCAGCCGGAGCAAAAUCAAGUGGCGAAAAAGAAAACGGAAAAAUCUGAGUCGAUUGAAUCGGAAGUAGUUGUUAUCCAAGUGGAAGUACAGGAAGGGAAAGAGGAGGAGAACGAGGAAGAGGAGGAAGAGCAACCUCUACCACCACCGCCGCCUCCCAUCACAGAGGACGAGUUUAACGAUAGCCAAAACGAUAACGAUAACGGUAACGCCAACGAUAACCAAUCAGUGUCCCUAUCACAUCCGGAACAGCCAAGGGAAGCGCCUGUCAUCGAGAUAGCAAACUUUAGCAAACUAAUCGAGCGACGCGCACAGGAGUUAAGGCAACGCACAAAAGAGCAAACAGAGGAGCUGGAAAAGCAGCAGCAGCAUCAGCAACAGACUCAAUCAUUUCGUAUUAUUGUCACUGACGCGCACAACAACAUCAUCCAAACGGAAGCAAUUCACGAGGAGCAAACGAAGCCAGUUACACCAACGUCAACAACAACUUCCGUCAGCAGCAGCAGCUCAGCAGCAUCAAAAGUGCUUACAAAUUUCGGACACACUCAUUCGCAGCGUUCGUUGAGACGCUCGAAUAGCUCAGCGUGUGGCAAACCGCCGGAACGUCGCGUGCUCAGUGCGGGAGCAUCAAUUUACAAAGCUCGACCCAUUAAGGUGCUAGCAACAGCAGGCAGCGAUUCGCUUGGACGCCAAAAGAUGUCACGUCCACAGAUUUUGCAUGUUGUGGAUAGCAGCACCAGCAGCAGCAGCGGUAGUAGCAACAACAGCAACAGCAACUUGCGGCGCCGCAGCAGUGCGCGCAGCAUUGCUAGCAAUGUGAGCGGUGAAGUUGCCACCGAAUAUCUACAAAAAGUGGACGCUGUAAAGUGCUACUGGAAUAAGCUGGCCGGCAAUGAGCCAGCUGAAAAGCCAGACGAGGAGCCGGACAAGGUGUCGCGUCUGCACUUCCAGCUGGGCAAUAAAGUGACGCCAAGCAAUGGCGAGAAACCUGCUAGCAACAGUUUGGACUACUGUAGCAUAAUGCCGCCCUCCAUUGAAAUUGUCGAGCUGGGCGAUGGGUCCCAGAAGGCAACAAUUGUGAGUGCUGCACAGCAGGAGCUGCCUGCGAAUGGGGGAGACGAUGAUGAUGAUGAGGAUGGUGCACAGUUUGAUCAUAUACGCUACAAGGUAUUAAAGUCACAGCAGCUCAUUCGCAACAGUAUUCUGACGACACGCAACAAGAAGGAGGCACAAUUCGAUGGACUCAUACAAUACCUGCAGGACUACAGUUUUCAGGAGCUGCUGAGCAAUAACAAUGUGGUCAUUGUAGAGCCGGUUAGAACCAAAAUUGAGCGACCCCUCACAGUCGGUGUAAAUACGGCCCCAACAAAACCUCCCAGGCUGGCAAGCACAGUACAGAAGACGACAGCAGCGCCGAAGAAGGUACGACAGCGCCAAGUGGGUGGAACUGGAGCAAAGCGACACUUCUUCUAUCAGCCAGUGAGAGUCAACCGGGAGCUGUAUGAGGAUGAGCUGCCGGAUCCGGAUACGGUGCGUAAUGUUCGUCGCUUCUUUGAGCAGCACAUUCUUCCCACGCCUGGCCAGGGCAUUCUCGUGCAAUCGCAGCAGAAGUUUGGCGGCUCCGCUUGCCAGCUGAGUCCGAAGAGUCGACGAGCACGUGGCUACCGCUAUCUGACUAUUGACACGAGUUAUGGCGAAGCAGCUGCUGCUGCUGUUGAAGAGCAGCCUAAGGGCAUGGAGCUGCUCGAGGAGCACAAGAUCAAGCACUGGGACAAUGCGAGUUUAUCGAGCGGUAUCUCAAGCGGUGAUUUAUCAUCGCCCUGCGGCGAGUGUCACAACCAGCCGGAAAGCAUAAUAAAGAAAUCACCAGUUCUGGCCUGCAAGGGUGUUCAUGUGCUCGAUGUGGUGCGACGACACAAUAGCAAUGCGGCAAAUGCCAAGGCCAGAGCCAAGCUUGCCAGCCGACGCACCUGGUGCGUGGGUGGAGCAAUAGCAGCUGCUGAUUCACGCUACCGACAAAUUUAUGAGCACAAUUUGGGGCAGCCACAUAACAGUGGAGAUGAUGCCCAUGAUCAUAAUCAUGCUGAUGAUGAUGAUGACGAUAGGGAUGUGGAUGAUGAUGAUGACGACGAUGUGGAGGCGGACAUGUGCGAGUCGUAUUAUGUGAGCAAUGAUGUACUGGCCAAAAUACGCGAAUGUGGUUCCACGGUCACCUACUAUGGUGGCAGAGUACUGGAGCGACAGACGCCCGAGAGAAUGGCGGCAGCAACAAUGCAGACGAAUCAGCAGCUGAUUAAUGGCAAUGCAGGCAACGCCCUCUCCACACGCUCACGUGUGCGUCAAAUUGAAUCCUGCAACGUCUGCCCGCCCACAAUACAGGGCUGUGAGCAUGAACAAACCGAGCAACAGAAGCAGCAGCAGAUGCAGGAGCAACAGGACUCGUAUCAGGGUAUUAAAUUUAAGCUGGUCAAGUCGAACAGCUGCAGCAGUCGACUGGAGCUGGCAGGGGCCAACGAUGGUGAUGGAGAUGGCGACUCCAUGCUGCAUGGGGACAGUGAAAUGGUCCGCAAAAUGGUUCAUCAUUUUGAGUGCAAUCAGCCAAUGGCAACGACCAACGAUAUCAAUCUGACCAUCAACAGUCAAAGUACCGCUGCCAAAAUUGACCAAGCAACAGCUCGACGACAAGUGACAGUAAAUAAUCACAUCAAUGUGCUCCGGGAACCGGGUGAAAGCCAAGAUGUGCAUGAUAAUCCGAAUGAUGUGGCAACAACGAAAACUUAUCAAAGCCAAGCCAUGAACAUACGCCUUGAUUUAAGUACGGGGCGUGGCAGCAGCGCUGAUAAGCCCAGCAAUAACGGAAAAGUGUGUCGCAAUAAGAAUGUGGAUCUAGCUUAUACGCUGGUCAAACAGUUGCCACAUUCCGAAGCCAAGUCCAUUGUCAAUCCAGGCACGCCCAAUGCCAAUCAGUGGUCACAACUGAAAGCUCCGGAUGAGCAGCAAAUUGAGACCAAAAAGCUGAUGCGACAGCCAGAAAUUAAUGGUCGUGAGCAAAUCAUAGUGCCCAUUGAGAUACAUCAAACAAAUCAGCAGCAGCAGCAGCAGCAACAACAUCCUGCAGCUAGCCAGGAACGUCGUCUGAGCAAUGCCAGCAGCAGUGCGUCCAUUGUAGACAAGACCGUGGUGCGACACUAUGUGGCCAAUGACAAGAGUAUCUACGAGCGACGCAAAUACGAUGAUAUCGAGUUCGAGGAAUUCGAGAUAUACGAUCCGGCCAAAGAGUUGGAGCGCCAGCAGCAGGAACAGGAGCAAUCAAACGAGCACACGGAGCAGUCCAGUGACUCUAUAGAUAAACGGCAUACAGAUGGGGAGCUCUAUGACAGCCUGGAUGAUAGAAUGUAGAACAAUGCUCAAUGGAAUCCAAUCAACGACUUUUUGUGGUUCGGGUUAUCGACACGCAUAAGCUAAAAAUAUAUAAAUAUCUAUAAUCUAUACAACUAGACAUUUUGUAAGUCCCCCAUAGCUUUACAGGUAAAGCCAAAAAAACACACACACACACACACACGCAAAGAAAAGAAUUGAACUAUCCAAAAAUUAUGUUAUACACUGCAACAAUAUGUUAAUCAAUUUGAGCUCAAAUUCUAUGGACCACUCUACUUGUAGUUUACCAUUUAAUGGCCAAAUAAAUAUACCAUUUAUUUAA